GGAUUUGCAGGGAAGAUGACUAACAAUAUUGGGAAAAGUGUUACUCCUUAUAAAGUUACUGAUCCUAGCGACGACCCGUUGAACCCUAAACCUGGAACUUUAAGAUAUGGAGCAACUAUGAUUGAUGGGAAAGUGUGGAUAACUUUUAAAAGAAACAUGAAUAUCAAUCUUCGUAAACCUCUUCUUAUUAGUAGUUUUACAACCCUUGAUGGUCGUGGUGUUGAUGUUCACAUUUCUGGCAACGCUUGUUUGCUAGUGUAUAAGGCAACAGAUGUAAUCAUCCAUGGUUUAAGGAUUCACCAUUGCAAGGCCGUAGGACCUAGCUCAGUGAGAGGACCAAAUGGACAAAUUGUGCCACUGGGUCAGAUGGAUGGAGAUGCAAUCAGGCUAGUCAGUGCAUCAAAAGUCUGGAUAGACCACAAUACACUAUAUGCAUGCCAGGAUGGUCUCCUAGAUGUCACUCGUGGAUCUACUGAUGUUACCAUCUCUAACAACUGGUUUAAAGACCAAGAUAAAGUUAUGCUUCUUGGACAUGAUGAUGGGUACAUAAGGGAUAAGAACAUGAAGGUGACUGUUGUUUUCAACCAUUUUGGUCCCAACUGUAACCAGAGAAUGCCAAGAGUUCGCCAUGGAUAUGCACAUGUAACCAACAACCUCUACCAAGGAUGGCAACAAUAUGCAAUUGGGGGAAGUAUGAACCCUAGCAUUAAGAGUGAAGCUAACUACUUCAUCGCACCAAAAGGAGGAAAGAAAGAGAUAACAUGGAGAAAUGGACUCAAUGACAAAAGCAAGCCAUGGAAUUUCUAUUCUGUACGGGAUUUUUUUAAAAAUGGGGCUUCAUUCAUUCAAAGCAGUCUAGGCAAGGCAAAGCCUAACUACAACAAUCAACAAAAAUUUCAUGUAGCAGAUGCCAGGUCUGUCAAAUCAAUAACAAGUUCAUCUGGUGCUUUAAAGUGUCAAAGAACAAUUAGAUGCUGAGUCAAGACUUAAAGAACCAUGAAGAGAAUGAAUAGAACAACAUACACAAGGCUUUGUACUUCAUGGAUAGAACUACAAUGUUUCAUAAAAGAAUAUCAAUUACUUUCCUUCAAUUAUAAAUAAAACGUAUGCAGUUGUUUCUA